AUGCCGAGCGGCACCAAAAGGUACAUCCUGAACGCGCUGAGCGACGGCCUCGGCUGCGGCGCCGGAUGCCGCCGCCCGAAGCUCCCCGCCGUCUUCCAGCCCCGGCCGAGGCGCCACCACCGCCGCCGCCAACACCAGGAGCCCUCUUCCAGCUCCUGGGACGCCGCCACCGGCACAACCUUCUCCUCCGCCGUGGAAUCGUCGGACACGGACUCCGACGUCCGUAGCCUGCGGGCCGUGCAGGGGUUCGGCCGCGUCGGCUCCAGCGUGGCGGUGGAGAAGGACUCCGACGACCCGUACCUGGACUUCCGUCGGUCGAUGCUGCAGAUGAUCCUGGAGAAGGAGAUCUACGCGAGGGACGACCUCAAGGAGCUCCUCAGCUGCUUCCUCCAGCUCAACUCGCCGUACUACCACGGGAUUAUCGUGCGGGCUUUCACCGAGAUCUGGAACGGGGUCUAUUCGGGCCGGGCCGGUUCCCCUGGCUUUGGUGGGGCGUGGGCGCCACGUGACUUCUCACGUGAGCUUUAA